UCCGCGCCCAGGAUUCGAACCAACGAAACACUGGGCCGCCUGCAGCGGAGCGCGCAAACUUAACCACUGGGCCACGGCGCCAGCCCCCGAAACUUUUAAUUCUAUAAUAUAGAAGCUAACCUUCUUCCGACUAGGGACUGUGCCUUACAGCUGUCAACUCCUUUUCCCCUGGGGAUCAAAUAUUCCUUACUGAAGAGAGAAAAGGCUGGACCCUUCUAUCGCUAAUGCCCCCUCCUCAUUUGGGUAGACUUGUUUGAGGGUGUCUGUCCAGCUUAAGCCCCGACAGGGCCUGUGUUUGGGCUAAGUGAUCCUGCCCACAUGGUAUCCACAGCUAAUUAGAGUUAGGUGGAAAAUUGAACAAGGGGCAAUCAGUCGUUUUCCAUGUCUUAAGAAUAUGCUCCAGGACGUAGAUGCUGUAAGUGGAGGUGCCAGGCUCUGCAGCAGAAGGAUCAGGUGACGUUCACUACAACGGCAAGACUCAUGAGCGAGCUCAAGUUCUGGCAGAGAGACCAGGAAAUAGGGAGAGCAUGGUGUAUUGAGCUGUCUCCCAGAUGGUUUUCAGGAGGCCUGGUUGGACUUGGGUUCUUGGAUCAGCAAGAUUAUCUAUUACAGCCUCACAGUAGACCUCACGAUCAAGUUUGUUUGAGUGGGUUUCUACCCCUUACAGUCUCUGACUAAGACAUUAGCUGAGUUAGAGCCUUCCUUUUUCCUCAUGAGCCCAGGGAACAGAAACAGUCUCCAUCAUCGAUAACAGAGGCCGUGUAUCGCCCCACACACUGCUCUUGGUAUUGGGGGUAGAAAUCAGAGAAAGACACGAGGCCUUUCUUCAGGAGUUCAUCUGCUCUGGGACAGCUGUGGUGUCCGCUGUACGUGAGAGCGUUGUGUGAACACACAGCAUUGUUAGCUGCUCUGAGCAGCACCUUCAGUGUGACCCUGGAGAAUCAUCUCUUUCCCUCUGGUCCAUCCAUCCACUGAAGGCUGUCUCUUAUUCUUCCUUAUCCUCCUUAUACUGGAAAAAAUAAAAUACUUAUCCUAAGUCUGGUCAUAGUCUGUUUGUCAUCUUCCUCCUCAUCUUCCUGUUUAACUGUACCCCCAUCACAAAAAUGUACAAACCUUUUAACUGAAUUAUAGUGUGUUCAAGGCAUUGGUCAUACUCGAGCUACACCUUUUCUCCUUCCUUCCUCCCUCACCUUGACUCCUCCUGCUUCCCUGUCCCAUCCCAUCCUUCCCUUUUCACCUUAAGGAGCUAUAUUCAAAGUGCCAGAUGGCAAUGAAGAGAGUGAGGAAAAAGUAUAGUCCUUUCACUAAGGGUUCCGUAUACUGUUGAUGUGGAAAACGAGAUGGAUAAUACUUGGCAACAUUGGGAAACAUUUUCUUCAAAAAUCUUUAAAUAUUUCACUGAAACUUAAAAAAAAGUUUUUAUGUAAAACUAAGGCAAAAGGUGAAGUAAAAUGAGAAGAAUCCACCCAGAAUGCUCAAAGAGAUCUUAAUCUAUAAGGCAGGAAAUAGGAAGGGCAACACAAGUAUGCUGUCUUCAUUAGAGUUGUUCCUUUUAGUUUGAAUUUUUGGUUAUAUUUUCCUAGGUGUAUUUUUGAUUGUUGAUGUUGUGUUUAUAUUUCUUGGCCACGCCCCAGUCACCUUUUAGGUGUGUUAUUGGAUGGACUCCCCCGCCCAAACAAAAAAUAAAGUUUCCUCAAAUGAUCCCUGAAGUGUCAUUAGAGUGGGAAGACAGAACAUUCUAGGCUUGGUACUCCAAAACCUAGAAUCUAAUUCUGUUUCUACCACUAACUCUGUCCCUUAUCCUAUCUGUGCCACCAUUUCCUUCUCUGUCCAGAGAGGUCGUUUGAAUUAGUGACUUUUAAGGUUCCUUUUACCAAAAUCUUGUGAUUUCUUGAAAAUGUUGUUUGCUGGAGUCACCUACACAGUUGGGAAUGAGGAACUAACAGCAACCACCCUCAGAGAUCUGGAUGCAGAUUAUUGAACUUUCUUAGAUAGGCCAUUGGGUUGUCAUUCACACACUUCUCUGAGGUUUUCAGAACAGGAAAAUAGGUGGGGUUAACUUUGCCCGUGAGAAACGCAUUGGGUGAGCUAUGAUUUCAGUUGAAAGAUGUGUUUUUGUGACGGGUGCACCGCUGAAGAACUCAGGACUGUUUUGUACACUCCCUGCAGAGGUGUAGCCAUGAUUCUUUCCACCUGAUGCCUGUGGAAGUGGCUCUCCGUUUAUUCACUCACCUGGAAGACGUGUGAUGCUGUGAAUGGAAAGUGACCAUGAAUCUAAUGAUCAUUGCUACCUGCUUUGGAAUAAUACCAUCCAGUCGAUUUUCUGUUGCUGCUGUUGCUGUUCCGUGCAGAAGCGGCAAGUGAGAACACAAAUAAGCCUAAGUAAAGAUGAAGAACUUUCAGAAAAAUGUCCUCAGCGUCGCAGGCCGUGGUUCAGCGAAUUGUCAAGUAAGAAGCAAUCCGACAGGGGCCGCGUGCAACCGUCAAAACGCAAGCCGCUGCCUCCCCUCCCACUCUCUGAGGUUGCUGAAGAGAAGAUCCAAGUGAAAGCUCUGUAUGAUUUUCUGCCCAGAGAGCCCUGUGAUUUAGCAUUAAAGAGAGCAGAGGAAUACCUGAUAUUGGAGAAGUACAAUCCUCACUGGUGGAAGGCAAGAGACCGUUUGGGGAAUGAAGGCUUAAUCCCAAGCAACUACGUGACUGAAAACAAAUUAACCAAUUUAGAAAUAUAUGAGUGGUACCAUAGAAACAUUACCAGAAAUCAGGCAGAACAUCUUUUGAGACAAGAGGCUAAAGAAGGAGCAUUCAUUGUCAGAGAUUCAAGGCAUUUGGGAUCCUACACAAUUUCUGUGUUUAUAAGAGCUAGAAGAAGUAUGGAGGCUACCAUCAAACAUUAUCAGAUUAAAAGGAAUGACUCUGGACAGUGGUACGUGGCUGAAAGGCACCUCUUUGAAUCAAUCCCUGAUUUGAUCUGGUAUCACCAGCACAAUGCAGCCGGUCUCAUGACGCGUCUCCGCUACCCAGUUGGGCUGAUGGGCAAUUGUUUGCCAGCCACGGCUGGUUUCAGCUAUGAAAAGUGGGAGAUCGAUCCAUCUGAGUUGGCUUUUGUAGAGGAGAUUGGAAGUGGUCAGUUUGGGGUGGUGCAUUUAGGCAAGUGGCGAUCACACAUCCAGGUAGCCAUCAAGGCCAUCAAUGAAGGCUCCAUGUCUGAAGAGGAUUUCAUCGAAGAGGCCAAAGUGAUGACGAAAUUAUCUCAUUCAAGGCUAGUUCAGCUUUAUGGCGUAUGUACACAGCAGAAGCCUCUUUACAUUGUGACAGAAUUUAUGGAAAAUGGCUGCCUGCUUAACUACCUCAGAGAGAGAAAAGGCAAGCUUAGGAAGGAAAUGCUACUGAGUGUGUGCCAGGAUAUAUGUGAAGGAAUGGAGUAUCUGGAGAGAAACUGCUUUAUUCACAGGGAUUUAGCAGCAAGGAAUUGUUUGGUCAGUUCUACAAGUGUAGUAAAAAUUUCGGACUUUGGAAUGACAAGGUAUGUUUUGGAUGAUGAAUAUAUCUGUUCUUCUGGAGCCAAGUUCCCAGUCAAGUGGUCCCCUCCUGAAGUUUUCCAUUUCAACAAGUACAGCAGCAAAUCUGAUGUCUGGUCAUUCGGAGUCUUAAUGUGGGAAGUUUUUACAGAAGGAAAAAUGCCUUUUGAAAAUAAGUCAAAUUUGCAAGUUGUGGAAGCCAUUUCUAAUGGCUUCAGACUAUACCGCCCUCGCCUGGCACCAAUGUCCGUAUACGAAGUCAUGUACAGCUGCUGGCAUGAGAAACCCAAAGGCCGCCCUACGUUCACUGAGCUGCUGCAGGUUCUCACAGAGAUUGCAGAAACCUGGUGACCUGAAUGGAAUGGCACCCCAGAGGAUCAUCUUGCAAAACUGUCACAAAAGGAAAUCCUGUGUAGGGUCACCGAUAGUGACUAUCUUCCUUUAGAGUUGCUGACGCUUGGAAACAGCGCAAAGAUCACAGGCUUUUCAAACUUUUUAAAAUUUAAGAAUAUUCUGACAGUUUUUCUACCUGUAUAUUUGAGAGGAACUUCUGAACUCUGAUUUUUCUGUGAUAUUCUUCAUGUCCCAUAUGUGAAGAAGGAAAAAAUGCUCUGUAGCAGUCUUCAUAGUGGCUCUCUUCACGAGAAUAGCCCUGAGAGCCCCUGAGGGUAUGCGACAACCUGACCCUUUCCAGGGCUGAGGACAUUUCUUUCCUGAAGGGGAGUGACAUUCUGAGUGACAUUUCCUGAAGGGGAGUGUUCCAUGCACAGAAGAUGAAAAGGAAUUCUGCCAACUCAUGGAAUAAAGGAGACUCCUCUGUAGAAUUUCAUGCCUUUGAGCUGUACAGAUCUUUACAGAAAAUGCACCUUAACAAACGACAUGAAUGUGAGCAUUCUGGAACUGUCUUUUACAGUCUUCCCCAUGUUAUUUAAGAAAUUGUUUUUGUACAUAUCUCAUUAGUUUGCAGACAGUUUCUUGUAUUCCAGUUUUAAACACUGUUUUAGGACAUAAUCAAAGUUCUUCUUUGAAUAGGUCCUGGUGACAUUUCUAUUUCUAGUGAUAUCCAUUGUCAGGGACAAUUCAGAACCUGAGUCUCAAUUCUGAGAUUUCACACUUUGUACACGUGAAAUUGGACAAUUUAAGAAACCUUAUUUUGUCAUAAAAAGUACCUCCUGUUUAUUUCUAGAGGAUGAGUUGGUCUUUCCACAAGAACAAGAGGAAGCAAAAACAAGAUGUCCAAAUGUUACAUAAAGCUCUGUUAUUUCCGUAGUCCAGGGUUUUGAAUUCAAGGUGAAAUAACUAGUAAUCAUAAUUAAAUCUUAAUUUCUCAUGCACUGUUUGUAGGAAUGAUUGGAAAUUGAUCUUUAUCAUUCUGAGUGCUUCAGAAGUACCACAGGAGGAAGGGUGCUGCAGAAAGCACCAGCGUCAUCGCCAUGGAGUUUAACAACAAAUGGGAGCCUACUGUUUGUAUAUUGUCCCACUCUGCAUCAUGGUCCUGGGGGAACAUGUUUUAUGAUUCUCAUUAGAUUCUAAGUUGCUGGCCAUCAGUGGUUGUAACUUUUAAAUCAUAUUUCCCCACUCCAAGAAUGAUAUCUUUGGAUAUCAAUGGUAUUCAAUAAAUGUGCAUUAAAAUAAUGAGCAUCAGGCA